AUGCUAGUCAUCCUUUCAUGGUAUGGUUCUGCGCUUCUCAUCGGCUCAGCGUGGGAUGCAUUCGUCAAUAAUCCCAUAAGCUUCGGAGUAGAAACUACUUAUACCGACUGGGACACUAAGUUACCAGCUGUUGCUGUUUGUGAACUAGACAAUGAUGAUAAGAUAUUUAAUGUUUCCGAUACAAUUUGGACGCCAGACCAUUUAAUAGACCUCGAAGAUGCAUUACGCGACAUAGCAUAUUUCCGUGGUUUCGCCUAUAGACUUGUCGACGUAUGUUACGCUCCUAAAAACCCGGAUGCCCAAUGUCCAACAACUAACUAUACAUAUUACGCAGAACUGGUCCGAAGUCCAUGUUCUCAAUUGCUACAGAAUUGCUCGUAUAAUGGAAACGAAUUUGACUGUUGCGAAUACUUUCUACCAUUGCAAACAGAUAUCGGAAUGUGUUAUACAAUUAACUCUAUUCAAGUAGAAAAUCCUAAAAUAUAUCCCAUGGUUAGUAAUAAACAGCAUAAACAAGGAAUUUUAAGCUUCGAGGUGUUGCUGAAACAUGCUAUGUUAUACACGCUGGGUGAAGACGAAGUGCCGACUGUAACUACGCUAACUUCAUCCACAUUGAAAUUAUCGUCUGGAAAAAAUUAUCAACGUCAUUUAACAGUGAGGAACAUAGAAAACGACCCUCUUGUUGCUCAAACGACGCGGGAGCAGAGAGCAUGCCGUUUCAACGAUGACAACCAAGGCGGUCUCUACCCCCACUACUCAUAUAGUUCGUGCACUGUGCUCUGCAGAAACAAGAGGCAGUUGGAAUUAUGUGGAUGCAAUGAUCAUUUUAUGAUUGGAUCUAUAAUUACAGCGGAAUUAAGACGCUGCAACAUAUCCGGGAUAUCAUGUCUGCACAGCCACGCCAGCGACCUGACCACUCUCAAACCACCAUGGAAUAAACGACCUGGUCUGGCGUGCGACUGUCUGCCCUCUUGUGAUGAAACUGAAAUCACUGUUAUUAAAGAUGUCGUUAGAACUAAAGGUGGGCGAUCUAAAAAGAAGAAAGCCUUCGUUGAGCUGAUACUCGCCUAUUUGCCGACUGAAAGAUUCAAAAGGAACGUCGUUAGAAGUCGUCUUGAUUUAGUUGUAUCUGUUGGAGGCACAGCUGGAUUAUUCGUGGGCGCUAGUUUACUAAGCUUUGUAGAAUUGAUUUUCUUUUUCACUAUAAGACUAUUCAACAACAUUUAUUUAAAGAAAUUAAACUCUAGAAGAGACCUAGUUCCCGACAGGAUACGUACAGUUAAAGUUGAUGCAACACCGUAUCACUAUUGCCUUAUUAUUGUUUAA